CGGUUUGUCCAAUCACAGGCUUUUUCACUGCAACGUACCCUGGCGCUUGGUCACAUCCGGUCAUAUAUAUGUUGCCACGAGUUAGCGGCGAAUUUGGAGUGUCCAUUUUGAGCAGCGAUUCGGCGUCUCUGUUAUUUCUCACUUAAAUCUCUCAGAGCCCACCUUCAGAAUGGCAGAUGCUGAGACUCUCCUCAUGGAGACAUCAGACCAGAACGGCAACGAGGGAGAGGAUGACCAGAAUGGAGCCGAACAGGAGCUUAUGGUUGGAGAGGAUAGCCAGGACAGUGGCACAGAUGGAGGCAAAAUUGAUGCCAGUAAAGGAGAAGAGGAUGCAGGGAAAAUGUUCGUGGGCGGCCUCAGCUGGGACACGAGUAAAAAGGACCUGAAGGAUUACUUCAGUAAGUUUGGUGAGGUCUCGGACUGUACCAUCAAGAUGGACUCCAGCACGGGCCGGUCCCGAGGCUUUGGCUUCGUUCUCUUCAAGGACGCCUCCAGUGUGGACAAGGUGCUGGAACAGAAGGAACACAGACUGGACGGUCGUCCGAUCGACCCCAAGAGGGCCAUGGCCAUGAAGAAGGAGCCUGUCAAGAAGAUCUUUGUCGGGGGGUUGAACCCUGAGGCCACUGAGGACACCAUCAGGGAAUACUUUGGGGCCUUUGGAGAGAUCGAAACCAUCGAGCUUCCCAUUGACCCCAAAUCGAAGAAAAGGAGGGGUUUCAUCUUCAUCACGUACAAAGAAGAAGCUAGUGUCAAGAAGUGUCUGGAGAAGAAAUACCACAACAUCCAGGGCGGCAGGUGCGAGCUGAAGAUCGCCCAGCCGAAGGAGGUGUACCAGCAGCAGCAGUAUGGAGCGGGACGUGGCGGUUACGGAAACCGGGGAGGCAGGGGUCGUGGGGGUCAGGGCCAGGGGUGGAAUCAGGGCUACGGAAACUACUGGAACCAGGGAUACGGUAAUCAAGGCUAUGGCUACGGCGGAUAUGGAGGCUAUGGAAACUAUGACUACUCUUCUGGUUACUACGGAUACGGUCCUGGAUAUGAUUACAACCAGGGCAAUGCCAGCUACGGGAAAACACCAAGACGAGGGGGACACCAGACCGGCUACAAGCCGUACUGAUGAUCACGUGGUAGUGCAAGGACUCCAGUGACACAGUGAGAUCAACAGCUGGACGGACACACUGGGCAUGACUCAACCUCUUUUAUGACAGACCAUUUGUACAGAAAACAUCCGAAAUGUAAUUUUUCUUUUUUUUUUCUUUUUUUUUUAAUCCUAUCAUUUUUAGGUUUUAUGUUCCCUUUGGUGUUCUUUUUUUUUUUUUUCUUUCCCUCCACAUUUCCAUCAAUGGAAGUGUAAUUUUUACUGUACUUUUUGGUACCUGUUUUGAUUCUAAUGUAUUGUAAGGCUUGUAUUUUACAUGUUUGCUGGCUUUACAGGGUGAAAAUCUUGGCGCUGUAAAGGAGCUUUUUUGACAAAUAAAAACUGUUUUCAGUAA